UGUUCUUCUCUCCCUUGCAGACAGUCCUGACCAUGAGAAGUGUGCGUGUGUGUUUCUGCCUGGCUCUGCUGCUGCCUUGGUGUGUCCAGAGUCAGAGGAGCAGUCCCGCUCUUGCCAAACGUGAUGAAGACACACAGAGGGAUGUGCUGGCUGUCGACAUCCUAAACCGCAGCGGCAUGUUGAACUCAUUGCUCCGGUCAGAGUAUCACACUAUGCUCAGGCGAGCGCCACGCCCGGUCUCCCAGGUGCCAAAGAGAGCCCAACAGGGAUCUCGCUUCGCCCUAUCUCUCGAUGUUCCCACCAGCAUCCUCAGCGUCCUUAUAGAUCUGGCCAAGAACCAGGACAUGAGGACCAAGGCUGCAGCAAAUGCUGAACUAAUGGCACGAAUAGGCAAGAGGAAAUGAAAAGCCCCACGGGAGCAGUCUGGGGGAUUGAUGGAGAAAAUCUCACCUUGCAGUGGAGUUAACACAUUGUGGCACAGUCACCUGAUUAGAAACAAUGUUAGUUCAGGUGAAAACAGUCAUCACGGUCAGUAUCCGUCCUUUAGAGCUUAGAUCUGCUUUACUUUUCUACUUGUAUUAAAUAAUUUAUUAUAUUACCUCAUUAUACACACACAGCACUCCAUGGACUGACUCUUGAAAGAAUUAUGUAAAAUAUACCACACAAAAGGACACUGCAAACAAUGUCAAACAAUGUAAGAUGAAGCUGGUCUUUUGUCUCAAACAUUAUUCACCCAUGGGUCAGAAACUGUGAUCAGGUUCUGAAAUCUAUUUCUUGUGUUUGCAUGUGUAAUCUUGAAUUCAAAGGAAAGGUUGUUCAAUUAAAUCCAAUAUGAUAAUCACAUUUUUUUUUCUCAAGUCUAAUUCAUUUCACUCUGCACUGAUAUCACGCACAUGUAUAAUUACAAGCAUCAGCAACCCAUAAAGCACAAAUGAAUGGGUCUGAGCCAAAUGAGCCUGCGUCACCCACACCAGGGGUCUGAUG